CUUCACUUACAGUUUAGUUUAAGUCUCCUUUCACUUGCACUUGCACUUCAAACUUUCACACACAAACCUCUCUCUUCUCUUCUCUUUUCCUCUCUUUCACACCAAACCAAAUAAACAGCAGAAAAAAGGGCCCAUAAAAAAAGAAAAAAUAAUUCCUUUUUUUUUUGGGGCGUGUUAUUUGCUGAAAGCUUGCCUCCAUCUAUGACUGUCUGUAACCAUGACAGACAAACAGUAAAAUAUAUAAUAGAACGACGACAACCUGUCCUUUUGUGGGUUCUCUCUUUUGAUUCCUUCCUUUUUCAUUUUGAUUUCAAUCCAAUAACUAUUGAACUAAAUAGAGGAAAACACAGUCAUACAGAGAAAGUGAAGUGAAAAGAAAAAGAGAGAGAGAGAAAAGAAUGAGUGUUUCUUUGACUGUGAUGACCUUCAAUCUGCAUGAUGAUCAAGCAGAAGAUAGUCCCAACUCGUGGGAGAAGAGGAGGGACUUAUGUAUUAGUGUAAUCACAAGUUACUCUCCCAUCAUCCUUUGUACCCAGCAAGGAGUGAAGACACAAUUGGACUUUCUUCAACAGGGUUUGCCAGGUUAUGAUCAGUUUGGGAUAUCUCGGAAGGGGCCCCAAGACACUACAGAUGAACAUUGUACCAUCUUCUAUGAUAAGGAAAAGGUAGAGCUUCUGGAAGGUGGAACAUUUUGGUUGUCUGAGUCUCCAUCUGUACCUGGAAGCAUGUCAUGGGGUUCUGAAGUUCCUUGCAUUGCAACAUGGGCUACAUUUCAACUUAAAGGAGUUGAGCCACCAGGAUUCUCAUUUCAGAUAGUAAAUACAAACAUGGAUCAGUUUAGUCCUCGUGCCCGUCGGCGAAGUGCCUUACUCACAUGGCAGCACAUUGCAUCCUUACCACCUAGUCUCCCAGUUGUGUACUGUGGAGGAUUUAAUACACAAAAAGAAUCAACUACCGGACGCUUUCUUCUUGGAAGAUCUAGAGAGCAUGGUGUAGUUGGGGAUAUGAGGGAUGCAUGGCCUAGCGCCCGUGUAAGGAAAAAUGUUUCUCUAAUCCGCACUUAUCAUGGAUUCAAGGGUGACAAACAGGGAGCACUUGAAUUCCUCAAGUUAAUAUUAAGAGCACUCUGCCUCUGCUGGGAUCGCCAGACGCAGGAUCUUCACAUUGAUUGGAUCCUUUUCAGAGGUAGAUCUCUGAUUCCUGUUUCAUGUGAGGUGGUGAAUGAUAAUAUUGAUGGGUACUAUCCAUCUUCUCAUUUUCCCAUAUUUGCUGAGUUCAUGCUUCCUCGAACCGUAAGGAUGCUAGAAUCGCCUGUACAAGAGGAUAACUAAAACUUGGCUUCUUUCUAUACCUGGAUUCCCACCGGCUGCACCUCUUUUCGUCCUUGUAGCUACAACCCCCCAUGAAUAUGUCUUGUAGUUAUAUUGCCGGGGUUGGGAUAUUGAAGUAUACUUUAUGGACCUCUGAAAAAUGUGGACAAAACAAAUCAUUAUGAGCAGCAUUUGUCAGCUGAAAUCUGCCUCUAAGUGAGGAUAAUGUAUUGUGCAAAGUUCAAUUUUCUUGUCAACUUAAGUGGUUCAUGCUAUUACUUUCUCAAGAUGUACUUUGAAAUACCACAUAAGAAACAUAUGAUAUUUAUUA